AAUUGAGAUUUCUUCGUAGAAUGUUCAUAUACAUCUGCAGUAGUGGCAAUUGAAAAGAACAAAACGUACCGCAAAGCACCAACUCUAUGCCGCCCCUCAGCAAGAAGGCGCUGAAGGGCUUACGAGCAAGGGAAGCAAAUCAUGAAGACCCCAUCGACUACCUAGGCGGGUGCACGUCCGAAAGCGGAACUGCUGGUGAACUGACUGGAGACUUCAGCGACGAAGAUUGCUUUUCGCAAGCAAGCCUUGGACGCAGCAGCUAUUCCGAUGCGGAUUACGGUCGUGAGCUGCUUGACGUACAUAACACAAUUUACCAGUUGUUGGAGCACGACGACGCCGAGCGUGCUGGAAAGGAGAAGGUACAAUAUGCCAGGCGUCGUCUAAGGGAGGCUAUCGACGCCGAGCAUGUUUUCCAACUUGAGGAGCACUGCAGUCGUUUCCGCGGUGACCGCAAGUCCUUACACAAGGACGGCGUCAUUAUCUUUGGAAUCAGCGUCCAGAAUCACAAAUCAACGAACUGCUUCACGCUGAAGAGGCAUGAUGGCGAAUCGUUCCUAGGUCACUUUGGCCUACGCAAGCGGGUUACGAUAUUCAAAGAUCUCGGAGAGCCAACUGGUGCAAAAGAAUCCUCGACGGCAGCAGCAUCUGCGGCAUCCCAGCCGACAUCCUCGGAAGCACAUGUUACGGACAACAGUUGUGCCAAGGCCGAAAGGGGCGUCGUCCAGCAAGAGGAGGAGGAGGAGGCGGUGGUGGUGGAGGAGAAGCUGCCUGGAGAAGGCACUGGGAUGCCUGACAAAUCCACAACCAUAACGUCUUCAUCUGAAGUACGCGACGCCCUCCAUAACAACGUGCGGAAACGCCUUAACGAGAUUGGCAUUGUCAGGCAAUUUGAUGGAGUGGUCAUCCAAGAAAUCAGCCCGCAGGAGAUUGUGAUCAAGUCCCGCUAUGAGUUUGCUGCACGCAUGGUGGAUGACGCGAAUGAGGAGGCGGUUGAAGAGGACGAUGGAGAACAGAGCGACACCGAAAAACCGAUCAACAUCAAGGACGUCGCACACUGGGCUGUUGCCGGGGACCUGCAAGACUGCACCUUUCGCCGCCAAGCCGCCGCCGCGGAGUCGCUGGGCACCUUCCUCUCUGUGAAAGAGGUCUCACCAGUCACCGGCUGUGCUAUACGACGCGAUGAGGAGGUGCGGCUGCGCAAGAUCAUCCUCUGCGACCCAGCCAGCGGUGAAGAUAAGGAGUUUGCGCGCAGCGCCGCCACCCAGGGUGUUGAGUGGCUGAGUGAGAAGGUUCAGGCGGAGCUGCAUGCAGUGCUGGCGGCGCCGCGGCUGGGGUUGAACGAGGAGCAGCUGAGCGUGCUGAAGCAGGCGGCGGGGCGCUCGCUGACGCUCAUGCAGGGGCCCCCCGGCACGGGUAAGACCUACACGCUUGCCGCCAUGGCUGCGGCGCUGUGCCAGGUGUUCCACGACCCCAACGGCACCGGCGAUCUGGAGAGCGGAACGCACGAGUUCGAGAUUCCAAGCAGCAAGGACAUGAAGGAUUGGACCCCGGAGGAGGUUGUCCGCUGGAUUGAGUCCUUCCAAGAUCGGGAGCUGGUAUGGCGCGCAUUGCGAGGCACGACGGGCCACACCGGAAAAGCCAUCAUGGACCACAGAACCAAGCGCCUGCGCCACCUCCUCACCCGCAGCAGCUCCUCCUCUUCCAACUCGUCCUCCUCGUCCGACGACGAUGACAGCCCCGAAGAGCUCGAACGCGUCAAGCGCUACACCGAGGAGUUCAAGCGCCUGCGCAGCGCUACACUGGAGGCCAUCGAGCAGUGCCAGCAGAAGAGAGGGCGGUGGAAUACGGGGUUCUGGCGCACCGCGGAUCGCGACAUGCGCAUCAUCAUGUGCGCCGACACCAACACCGCCGCUAACCGGCUGCUGGAGCAGCUGGUGGGGCUGCUGCCGCCAGAGUCCUCAUACAGCAUCGUACGCAUGGGCGUUAUGGAUGAGCUCACCGAUGGCGGUGGCCUCGAGGGCAAAGAGCUGGCCACCAAAUACCACAUCGACAGCCGCCGACGCAACCAUCCAUUAGAGCAGGCCAGGGAGAAAAUGUUCAACGCCAUGGAGAGGAAGAAGCUCACCAAGCAGAUGGCUACCGAGCUGAAGGGCGAAAUCCUGGCGUUUGCUGAACGCAAGCUCGUGGAGGCGGAAAAUGAAUCCCAUCGGGCGCUCGUGCGGAAGAGCUGGGAGGAGCUGGCCACGUUGGUCAAGAACGACAUCGCCCCACGGAUUGAGACUCUGACCGGGCAGUUCUUGAGCUCCAGAAAAGGCGAUACACGGCGUGAGGCGCGUCAGGCACUCAAGGACCUCCAGUUGGGGCUGCGGGAGCUCGCCCUGCACGACAUCAUGAUCUCCGUACAGGUCGUGGUUGGAACCAACACCAGCAUUGGCGAACUGCAGUACAUCUGCGAGAAGAAGAUGCUCUCCUUUCCGAUCGUGCUCAUGGACGAGGCGGGACAGUCAUCGGAGCCGUCGUCCAUUAUCCCGUUGACGCUGGGUGCGGAGUGGGUGCUGAUGGGCGGCGAUCUAAAGCAGCUGCCGCCCACCCUGCACACCGAUGUGGCGAAAAAGGUGCUGGGGUACGACACACGGACAGCUGGCUCACAGUACGGCAGGUUCGCCGGCCUGAACGUUCUGGAGCUGUCCCUGUCCCGCCAGUACCGCAUGCACCCCGCCAUACGGGACUUCCCCAGCCGCUGCUUCUACGACAACAAGCUGUUCGAGGACCCGCAGCGCCCGCCCGACAUGCGCGUGCCGCAGCCACGGCUGCACGGCUGCUCCUUCAAAUGGCCGUCCGAGAAGCAAGGCCGGGGCGAGUACCCGCUGGCCUUCUUCGAUGUGCCGUACGGUGUCGAGCAGCAGGAGGACAAGUCGUACUUUAACGAGGAGGAGGCCAGCCUGGCCAUGCAGCUGAUGAUGGCUUUUGCGUGCGACCCCACUGUGCAAAGCAUAGUAAUCAUUUCAACCUACAAGGCGCAGGUGACCUACAUGAACAAGCGCCUGGACGCAGCACGCGGCUUCCUCAGCCUGCUGCGCAAGCAGGGCAAGUUCCACGCCUCCACCGUCAAGGCCUCCACCGUGGACGGAUUCCAGGGCCACGAGGCUGAUGUUGUGAUCAUCAGCACGGUCCGUAACAAUGGCGCCGGCCGGCUGGGGCACGUGGCGGACUGGCGGCGCCUGAAUGUGGCCGUCACGCGGGCGCGGCGGGCGCUGCUGCUGGUGGGCAGUAUCCGUACGGCGAACUCGGUGCUCAUGGGGACGCCAAGCAAGGGCGGCUACCACUACGCGAACUACUGGCCCCGGCUGAUUGAGCACAUCAGGAGAUAUGGCGAUGCGGUGGUGGAGGGGCGGGACGCCAACGAGUAUACCACCCUCGUGGCGGCUCUGCCCAAGGAAAUGGCCUGCACGUACCAGGACCUGAAGAAGCUCGAGCUGCUGAAGGCGGCCGAGAAGCUGCUGGAUCACGCCAAGUCCUCCACGGACCGCCAGCGCAAGGAGGCCCAGAAGUGCAAGGGGAAGAAGCAGCCCAAGAGGAGGGAAGCGGAGGCCGGCAGCGCAGAUCAGGAGGAGCAUGAGUAACGGUCGGCCGCCGUGCGCCAGUCGUCCGGUCUUCAAUCGGGCCGUUCGUACGAGCCCGGAUACCGGCAUGAAGAGUUGUAGUCGAGUUACUGGGGUUCUAGAUAUGACAUGCAGGUGGGAAGAGUAAUAAAGCGCCCUCAAGUUGCGGACGAUUCAUGCAGAGUAGUGGUGAAGUAUGGAGGCGUGCAAGGGUUGGUGCGUAGUUCCCAUGCAUGUUGCCAUUGGCAUGUUACAAGUCAGAUGGUGGCCAGUGACUAGCAGUUUAAGCUGUGCGCCCUUCAGCCACUUGCAGCAGGAAGUGGGAAGCUAACAUGCAGCACGUACCGAGUGUGUAUUCAUCUGUAAGUGCAGUGUGUAAAUAAAGCGCCGUUGGGCACUGUUGUAGCAGGCGAGAGCAUGUACGAAAGCAGGAGCGGGUAUGGCUGUAGCUGGAUUGGGCGAGGACGAACGAAGCAGGAGAUGGUACGGUCGACGUGAGAGCAGGCGUGGACGUACGGAGCGAGCGAAGGCCUUGCUGAAGUGGGAACGGGUGCAUGCGGGUCAGUUUACUGUGACGAGCAGGUUAGCCAUAAACACGGUAGGGUCACGUGGUCAUGCUCAUAGCUAUCCACACAGCUGUACAUUAGGGUGUAUGGGUGUCGGUGAACAAGUGUACUGCAGGGAGGGUUGCAGGAACGGGCAGGUGGCUUGCGGGGAUGUGCAGAAGGGUUGUAAGGCCUCCCCAGCAUCCGUGACAUGUAAGGCAGUUUCCGAUAUGGCGUUCACAGAAGGACUGCGUUCUGCACAAGCAAACUUGGACAUCCUGGCGCAGCUGUUGUACCACGAUGGGAAGCUGAUACCAUUUCGCUUGCUUGUCUGAGGCGGCAGUAGUAGUAAUGGUGGAGUCGGCAAUGCCAUUGGCACUAGCGUGGGAACGGGGUGUGUCAGAUGGGAUGGCAGGCGGAUGUCAUCAGGUGCCAUGUAGUGCCGACCACAACCUCUAUUCUCUUUCAGGAUGAGGCGCGGUUAGCAAGCCAUAUAGCAGGGAGAAGAUGAGGCAGCAGUGACAAGCUCGCUCUCGCGGGAUGGCGAGGGCACAUACUCCCGGUGUAUGUGCCACAUUAAUUUGUGCUUGCAAACUUGUAAUCCAUGGG